UCCUAAUCUUUAACAAAUUGAUUAAUCAGAAUUCACACCUUCUAAUCUGAGUGAUAAGUUAAUUCACUUUUAAAAAUAAAUUUCGAUCAUUGAAAUGCAGAUCACAGUCCUGAAUUACAGUACUACUAUGUAAUGUCACAGUACUAAACACUACUGUGUAUGUUUACUCAGCAUACAACAAAGCGAAGCAAAGGCUGCACGUUUUAUCAAACUGAUAAAACAUUUCACUGUGAGAUCUACACUCCGUAGAUACACGAAAUCUAUGCUCUUAAUGAACUCGUUGAAAACAGAUUUGUAAUAUGGCGGAGUGGGAUACACUAUCCGUGUUAACCCUCGUCAGUUGCUUUGCCUCUGUAAUUUGCGGAGUUGUUUUGUUAGCAACACAGUACAAGAUGGCUAUCCUACAAUACACAUUAAGGAAUCUUCUGAGUUUUCUUACGAUCGCCGACAUUAUCACAUCAACAGGAUACAUAGCUGGAACUAUUCAUUACAUUUAUGUACGUAAAGAUAGACACUCUUGGAACUCCACAAAUGUUUUCUGUGAGGCGCAGAGUUUUGUGACGACGUUUUCGAACAUAUCCUCUUUUGCAUGGACGUCCAUUAUUGUUGUACACAUAUAUAUAAUGGUCAAAACAACAACGGACUGGGGCCAGAACACGAGGCUUAAAGUGGUGUAUCACGUGAUAGGAUGGGCAAUUCCAGCCGUUGUGGCAGUGGUUAUGUUGGUGACGGGUCAUCUAGGAGAAAGUUACGGCAAAACUACAGGACCAUGGUGCUGGGUCAAACUAAACCACACUAGUGAAAUCCAGUCAUAUGACACGAUGAUCAUGUUUCUAUCCGGAAAGGCGUGGGAAAUCCUGACCUACUUCUUGACUUUAGGAGUAUUCAGACACCUAAUGAUAUACAGAUGCAUUGAGAAACAGAGGAAGGGGACUGGAACUCAUGGUUUGGGUCAGAAGGUGAACCCAGAGUCACCGAGACCGGAAGACGAGCGCUUCUUUUACUUAUGGCUACCACUCUUACUGUGUCGAGUCUGGGGAACCGUUCGCUUCUUCAUGGCCAUACCCAACUCCAAACAUCCCGAAACAUCACCGAUUGAAUUUCUUCUGUACAUGCAGUGUAUAGGUGAUGGAUCUCUUGCUAUGGGUAAUUUCAUUCUGUUUUGUGUUUUGGACAAAGACAUUAGGGCAGCUUAUUUGUCGGCGUGUGGACAGAAGUCAAUGAACAAGGAUAAAGAAAAACACUACAUACCUACCGUGUCUGUUCCGUAUCAGUCCAUUGGAUCGUCUUCAUACUGGGAACCCAUGAAAUAAUAGAAUACCCUUCCGGUAUACUCAGUAUAUACUUCACGAAUAUCAGACUGAUAAUUAUAUUCUCUGCAUAUUCCAUGUCCCCUUUUCCAAUUGUCGUUACAAUUGAAAAUUCUAUUACAUCUAUAUGCAUAUCAAAAGGUAUUGAGCAUUAUUCAAUGCGUUUAGUUCUAUUUGAUAAAGAGCUUAUUAAACGGAAUUCUCUGCGAAGCAUUAAAAUGGAUAUCAAGAUCAGUCCCCUUUCCAUCUAGACAGUUCGUGCUUUGUUAAGCAUAUCCUACUCAAUGUUGGGGGCAGCUCGUCCUCUACGCGGCACAAAUCGUCCCCACAAAUACGACAAGCUGUCCUAAUAGUACAAUUGGACAUGCCAUUGUUUAUUAUACUAGGAUAGACUCCUGUUAAGUUUACUUUGCCAAUGUAUUGCACCAUCAAGAGUUCUUGCCCUGGUGAGUUCGAUUCGUUUGCCAAAGUUCCUUUUCUCUGUUUGACUGCAACUGUUCUACACUCUUAUUGAACAUAAAUCUCAUCCAAAGAUCUAGAUCGUUCACAAUAUUGAACCAUGUGUAUUAAGUUAAUCAUCAGACUAUAUUAUUGUGAAAUAUAUCUAAGACAUAAUGUGUAUGCUAUGAUCUUGUCGACACACAGUCACACAAACAUAACCUUCAUUCUGAUAUUGUAAAAUUGAUCAUACAUGUAUCUUCAUUGUUCACGCCAUUUUCAAGGAGGUGAACAUUUCUUUUUUAAAUAUGCGUGUCCAUCAUUUGGUAAUACAUGUAUUUAAAACUCUGUUAUAAAGUUGUUAACAGUUGAUAAAUUUAAUUCAUCAUCGUAUGUCAUAUCUUAAAUUCGCAAUAAAUAAUUUCGAUUCUUGUUAA